AUGGACUCUUUAGAUGAUAGAGAAAGUCCACCACCUUCUCCCCCACAGACCAGAACCUUUGAGCCUGAGCCCAAGCCUAUUUUACACAAGAACAAGGAGGUGGAUGAGUUUUAUUUCAAUAAGCUCCAAGACCUCCAAGAACGGAAUGCAGCUUUGCAGAGAAUUACAAAUGAGCAGUUUGCCAACGCUGUGAGGGAAGUUGAGCAGAAAUUUCUAAAAGUCACAGCUUCUCCAGUGUGCCAAGAUCUGCAGGCCAAAGUGUUAGAGUGCUACCAGUCAAACCCAGGGCAGGUACUCAAUUGUUCGGCCCUUGUCAAUGCAUUUUCAACUUGUGUAGAUCGGGCAAGAAUGGCUGCUGCUGCUUCCAGAGUGCAAUUAGUGAACUGA